GCGGCCGCCCCGCCCCUCCGCCGCCGGGUCCGUCAGUCAGUCAGUCAGUCAGUCACGGAGCGCGCGGCGCGGGAGCGGCCGGCGUUCGCUGCGUGUCUGUGGAGGGAGCGCGGCGCCUGGGGAGGAGGCGGAGGCGGUGACUGGAGGAGCGCGAGCUGCGGCUGCCCUGCCCGGGGCCGCGACGGUAGCCGGGGCAGCCGGAGGGCCGCGCGGCUGCCACGAUGGAGCAGCUAUCAGAUGAAGAAAUUGACCAUGGUGCUGAAGAAGACAGUGACAAGGAAGAUCAGGACCUUGACAAAAUGUUUGGAGCCUGGCUUGGGGAACUAGACAAACUCACUCAGAGUUUGGAUUCUGACAAGCCCAUGGAACCAGUAAAAAGAUCUCCUCUUCGCCAGGAAACAAACAUGGCCAAUUUUUCUUAUCGCUUCUCCAUAUACAACUUGAAUGAAGCUCUGAAUCAGGGAGAGACUGUGGAUCUGGAUGCCCUAAUGGCCGAUCUUUGCUCUAUAGAGCAGGAGCUCAGCAGUAUUGGCUCAGGAAAUAGUAAGCGACAAAUCACAGAAACAAAAGCUACUCAGAAAUUACCUGCUAGCCGACAUACAUCAAAACAUGGCACCUUGAAAGCAUUAUCUUCUUCAUCUAAUCAAAUAAGUAAACCUUCCCAUGCUAACUACUCCCUGGAUGACAUCACUGCACAAUUAGAACAGGCCUCCUUGAGCAUGGAUGAGGCUGCUCAGCAAUCUGUACUAGAAGAUACUAAGCCUGUGGUAACUAAUCAGCACAGAAGAACCGCGUCAGCAGGCACAGUGAGUGAUGCUGAAGUACGUUCUAUUAGUAACUCUUCUCGUUCUAGCAUCACUUCUGCAGCCUCCAGCAUGGACUCUUUGGAUAUUGAUAAAGUAACACGCCCUCAAGAACUGGAUUUGACACAUCAGGGGCAGCCAAUUACUGAGGAAGAACAGGCAGCAAAAUUGAAAGCUGAGAAGAUCAGAGUUGCCCUAGAGAAAAUUAAAGAGGCACAAGUGAAAAAGCUGGUGAUUAGAGUCCACAUGUCUGAUGACAGUUCUAAAACAAUGAUGGUGGAUGAGAGGCAGACAGUGAGACAAGUGCUGGAUAACCUGAUGGACAAAUCCCACUGUGGUUAUAGUCUAGACUGGUCGCUGGUGGAAACCAUUUCUGAAUUACAAAUGGAGAGAAUCUUUGAAGACCAUGAAAACUUGGUUGAAAAUCUUCUUAAUUGGACAAGAGAUAGCCAAAACAAGCUUAUAUUUAUGGAGCGUAUAGAAAAAUAUGCACUUUUCAAAAACCCACAGAAUUAUCUUCUGGGGAAAAAGGAAACAGCUGAGAUGGCAGAUAGAAACAAAGAAGUGCUGUUGGAGGAAUGUUUUUGUGGAAGUUCUGUAACUGUACCGGAAAUUGAAGGAGUCCUUUGGUUGAAAGAUGAUGGCAAGAAGUCUUGGAAAAAGCGUUAUUUUCUCUUGCGAGCCUCUGGUAUCUACUAUGUCCCUAAAGGAAAAGCAAAGGUCUCUCGAGAUCUGGUGUGCUUUCUCCAACUGGAUCAUGUCAAUGUUUAUUAUGGCCAGGACUAUCGAAACAAAUAUAAAGCACCUACGGACUAUUGCCUGGUUCUAAAGCACCCACAGAUCCAGAAGAAAUCUCAGUAUAUCAAAUACCUUUGCUGUGAUGAUGUGAGGACUCUGCAUCAGUGGGUCAAUGGGAUCCGCAUCGCAAAGUACGGGAAGCAGCUCUACAUGAACUAUCAAGAAGCCUUGAAGAGGACAGAGUCAGCUUAUGAUUGGACUUCCUUAUCCAGCUCCAGCAUUAAAUCAGGAUCCAGUUCUUCCAGCAUCCCAGAGUCUCAGUCAAAUCACUCCAAUCAGUCUGACAGUGGAGUUUCCGACACUCAGCCAGCGGGACACAUUCGUUCCCAGAGCAUCGUGAGCUCCAUCUUCUCCGAAGCCUGGAAGCGAGGCACUCAGUUGGAAGAGUCCAACAAGGCCAGAAUGGAGUCUAUGAAUCGGCCCUACACUUCCCUUGUGCCCCCUUUAUCUCCACAGCCUAAGAUAGUCACCCCUUACACUGCUUCACAGCCUUCCCCACCCCUCCCGCCACCCCCGCCCCCGCCCCCUCCGCCUCCCCCGCCCCCACCCCCACCCCCUCCCCCUCUCCCCAGCCAAUCCGCACCUUCUACGGGCUCAGCAGCCCCCACAUUUGUCAAGUACAGCACGAUAACAAGGCUGCAGAAUGCAGCUCAGCAGUCAUGGCCGAUAGGUAGACUUCCACCACCCCCAGUGAUGCAACCACAGUCAGCAAAGCCUCAGAUCCUGGUGCCCCCCAAUGGAGUUGUUCCCCCUCCCCCUCCCCCUCCCCCUCCCCCAACCCCUGGCUCAGCUAUGGCCCAGCUGAAGCCGGCACCGUGUGGCCCGUCCCUCCCCCAGUUUAGCCCCCCACCUCCUCCGCUGAAGAUUCAUCAAGUUCAGCAUAUUACUCAGGCGGCUCCUCCAACACCCCCACCACCUCCUCCCGUCCCUGCACCCCUCCCUCCCCAAGCCCCCCCAAAACCUCUCGUGACCAUCCCCCCCCCAACCAGCACCAAGACUGUGCUGCCUGUUGUGACACAAGCUGCGCCACCCACACCAACUCCUCCAGUGCCCCCAGCAAAAAAGCAGCUGGCUUUCCCUGUUUCUCACGUUCCACCCUCUCCCCCUGCCCCUCCUGGUCCAGUCCCCCCACCUACAUUACCCAAGCAACAGAGCUUCUGUGUGAAACCCCCUCCCUCUCCACUGUCCCCCGUGCCCUCAGUGCCCUCAGUGGUGAAGCAGAUCGCCAGCCAGUUCCCGCCACCUCCAACCCCUCCUCCUAUGGAAUCUCAGCCCCUAAAACCCAUCCCAGCAAAUGUAGCUCCACAGUCCCCUCCUGCUGUGAAAGCAAAACCCAAGUGGCAGCCCAGCUCCAUCCCUGUCCCCUCUCCUGACUUCCCGCCUCCCCCUCCUGAGAGCAGCCUGGUGUUUCCUCCUCCACUGCCACCACCGGCCCCAGCGCCCCCACCGCCACCGCCCACAGCUUCUCCUGCCCCUGACAAAAGUGGCUCUCCAGGCAAAAAGACCAGUAAGACAUCCAGCCCCGGGGGAAAGAAACCACCCCCAACCCCACAGCGCAACUCCAGCAUUAAAUCCAGUGGUUGUGCAGAGCACCCUGAGCCUAAGAGACCCUCGGUUGACAGUCUAGUGAGCAAGUUUGCACCACCGGCAGAAUCAGGGUCUCUCAGCAAGGAGACCCCACCGCCUCCCACAGCACCGCCCAAACCUGGCAAACUAAAUCUUCCUGGAGUUAACCUUCCUGGAGUUCUCCCACAAGGGUGUGUGUCAGCAAAAGCCUCUGUUCUGAGUGGGCAUGGAAAGGACUCCGUGGUGGAAUUUCCUUCUCCUCCGUCUGAUUCUGAUUUUCCACCCCCUCCACCUGAAAUAGAGCUUCCUCUGCCCCCUGUAGAGAUUCCAGCAGUAUUCUCGGGCAACACCUCUCCAAAAGUGGCAGUUGUUAAUCCUCAACCACAGCCAUGGUCUAAAACAUCAGUGAAGAAAGCCCCUCCACCCACACGACCCAAACGGAAUGACAGCACCCGCCUCACUCAAGCGGAGAUCUCGGAGCAGCCAGCAAUGGCCACAGUUGUGCCACAAGUGCCCACCUCUCCCAAAUCCAGCCUUAGCGUCCAGCCUGCAUUCCUGGCUGACCUCAACAGGACACUGCAACGGAAGUCCAUCACCCGGCAUGGCUCGCUCUCCUCCUCCCGCAUGUCCAGAGCAGAACCCACAGCCACCAUGGAUGAUAUGGCAUUGCCCCCGCCACCCCCUGAACUGCUGUCUGAGCAGCAGAAGGCUGGUUACGGAGGCAGUCACAUAUCAGGCUAUGCGACACUGCGGAGAGGACCCCCUCCUGCUCCCCCUAAAAGAGACCAGAACACCAAGCUCUCGAGAGACUGGUAGCUGCCAUAGGACUUUAUUUUCAUGAUAUCUGUAAUCUGUUCUACAAUCAGCUCACCUGAUCAUCUGUGAAUUCAGGUGUUCAGAGCCUCCUGGUGUGGUGGUGGUAUUCAGGUAGUGUCCAGCUAUAUGUAUGUGUGUGUACAUGUGUGCAUACAUCUGUAUACAUGUAUGUGUAUGUGGGUAUAGAGAGAAUGAGCUGAGAGUGAUUCUGUUUAUUCCUUUUCUCUCCUAAUCUAAAAGUGGUGUUUGUGUAUUAUGGGUGGAAGAGGCAUGGAAGGGGAUGUGUGUACUGUCUUAUGAUUUCAUUUAAUCCAUCGUGUGGAUUGGACCAAAAACUUCUAAUUAAUUAUUUAGAAGGUAUUUUAUGUGUCUGUCCAUGUGUAGCCUAUUUGUGCAUGUUGUGUAUUAUAUAAUUAAGGAAUAGAUGUAUAAUGUGCUAUUUCUCAGUUUGAGAAAAUGACCAGAAUAUUUGGGGUAUCUAUAGGACUUUUGUGUUUGUUUUUCCCCCCAGUUGGCUGAAGUUAGAACUGCUUGACUGACACUUCAUUAUUACAUGUAAAGGGGCACUUUAAAUCAGGAAAAUCUCUCAGCUUCACAGAACGGGUAAAUAGUGCAGGAUGGGGAAUGUUCACAAAUGUCAUCUGUAUAUGGUUGUGCAUAGAAAGCAAAUGCACAGUGUAACUAGGCCAUUCUAGUUGCAGUACUGCUGCAAUGAUCCUACCCACAUCUAGGAUGUUUUCUCUCACAGGUAAGUUCUUUGCCUACAAUACACAAAUAAUUUAGUGAUAUAAUCCUGGAUAGUUCCUUUUUAGUACUGUUUUAGGAAUCUUCGUCAAUUUGGCUUCAUGGUCCUUUGCUUUGAUUUAUUGUGAGAGAGUGUCCAACACAAUAUCCCUGUGUUCUGUCGCAAUGUAUCUUUGGGUCACCAGUACGUUUUUAUAGUGUGUGCUUUAGAUAGAUGUUGAUGCUAGAUAUCUGUAGACAAUUGGUAUAUGAAGUGCACACAUCUUGUGCCCAAUAUGGUACAUCAUUACAAAAAACACUUUCCAAAAUGCCUAUUUUGUGUAUUGCUCUAUAGGAGGGGUGAUGAGAAAGAACAAAACUGGCCCCUGUGCAAAUGUCAUUAAUCAGGUUGUAUAUGGGUUAUAACACAUGAUACAAAGAAUUCAUUAAGUAUACCACUAUCAUGGAGGAAAAGAAAAUAAAUGAGGUUUUGACAGUUUCAUCCAUAGCUACUGGAGCUACUAGGACCCUUGCUGGUCACAGCCCAGUUGUGGAAAUUUGUCCAGGUUACCAGGUGUUCUGAUAGAGUAGUGUAGUCAAAGUACAGUAAGUAGCAUUACAUAUUAUGCAUGUGCAGUUUCGUAUAACAUUGGAAUCAUUGCUCCAAGGACACACUAUACUUCUCUAUGCUUUUUUUCCCUGUGAAUUUUCGUUGGUACAUGAAGAAAUGUGUACUGUCUCAUCAAUUUAUGAUGACAAAUGACUGUUAGGAAUAAAAUGCAAUCUUAGAGCUGCUCUGAAACAAGAGAAUAAAAACUGGCCAUCCCAGCACUUGUAAAGUGAGCACAUCUUGUAGAAAGUCUUAUGCCUAUCAUGUGUAAGGAUUGAUUACUAAUGCAAACUGCAGAAAUCUUGUGACACUGUCCCACAAGGAAAAAUUGAUGCCAAUAAAGUGGGGCAGCAAUGAUAAAUAAUUCGAGAAUAAGCAAAACUUGUACUGUGUGCACAAGGUCUUACUGUAAUCAACUCUCCAAGAAAACUACAUCGUGGAGAGUGAGUGGCACCACUCCAUUGCUACAUCUCCAGCAUCUCCAGGAUAUUGUUCAGUACGUUCAUGUGGUUAUGGAGCAAUAAGAAUAUAUACCAUGGUGUAGUUUUAUAAAGCUCUGCUUCUUUAAAAGAUUAUUUUUUGGAUCUUUCCAAUUGUUCACAAAGUUUUGUGUGCUUGAUAGGCUUUUGAAGUGACCUUUCAGCACAUCUGCAUUGUUAAUUUAAGCAUGCACAGCAGUUUGGGUAUCAUUUGAGUAGAUUGCCAAGCUCCACUGUGACUCAUGAGUGAAGUAGUUUCCCAGUCUUCUGCCUGCAGUUUUAUAUUCUAAGGAUCACCCAUAUUUGUGGGUUAAAGCUAUUAAGAAUAUGAAUCCAAUUUCCUAAGUAUUCAUCCCUAGGGUUUUGCUUUGGGUUCUUUUAUUAUGGUGGAGUGUUUUUAAUAUGAAGGUGGACAAUGUCAACUUUCCUGGAGGGGAAAAAAUAAUGUACCCCAAUCUUCUUUCACCCACGAUUAGAGCCCUAAAACAACCCUAAAACAACAAUUAUUUUUCAAUGUAGGAUUUCCUGGAUUUCUUGCUUGUGUCAAUCCUGACGAUAGCCAUCCUGAAUAGAUGUUUCUGGUAUAUUUUCCUGAAAAAGCAGACAUCCUUUUGAACAUUUGUGAAGCCAAGAAGAGAGAGCAGGGCCAGAGGAAGGGGGACUAAGUCCUUUUUACCCCCUGUCCGGUGGCUUGUCUGACAAGCUGUUUCCCUUAUAUUCUCCAAGGAUGGAAUGGCUAUUAAUUAAAAAACAAAACUAAACUCUUAUACCACAUGUAUGAAACAACUGAAUUUAAGAAAACCUAAAAUGGUACUUUAGGUUAUACUUCUAGUAUUUUACUCCCUAAUGGGUUUUUCUUAAAUUUGAAUUUUUGUUGGGAUGUAGGGUUUCUUUCCUGAGACUCCUCUAUAUCUUGUAGCGCCUCUUCUUUUCUGGUGUAUUCCUGGAAAGCAUCCACUGCCAGAUGACAUUAGUACUGUGCCUUCUUUCACUGCCUUCUGCUCGGCAGCUCUAGCCCAGCUUGGCUGCUUCAGGUCAAAGAAGGAAUCUAGACAGUUGACUUAACCAUACUGAAGUCAACAGCAAGGAUGAUCUCAUCCUGCUACGGAGAGCGGUGUAAACAGGUGCCUAUCAGAGAUAGUGACUUGCUUAAUUAGUGACACCCUUAAUUUCUACUGUAGAUAAUUUCAAAGUUGGAUCACUGUAUGCUUUUAAGUUUGGGCACCAACUCUGAAGGACAAAAGAACCUAUUCUCAGUAAAACAACUUCAGGUUCAUAGGUAGUAUAAAUAUUAGAUGUUAGACUAUUCUGUUGAAUUUUACCAGGUUAAAAACUUAAACUUUAAAAUUUCUUUUUCCCCUUAGCUGCUAUAAUUCUCAUUCGGAGAAGUAACUAUUGAGGUUUUUAUAGAUACCCACUUAACCGUAAAUUGGAUUUUUUAAAUUUCUGGGACUUUUUAAAAUGAGAAAGAUCGCAGAGUCUUAAGUUAUGGAAAACUAUUUCCAUCAGAAAAUUUCAAAUGAAGUAACGUAAACAUGGAUGUUUUACAGUCCUCUAAAAACAUGGAUGGUUUACAGUCCUCUAAAAAAAAGGUGCUCCUGCCCACCGCCGGCAUAUCCUGUAAAAAAAAAAAAAAAAAGGGCUGUGAACUGUCAUGGGUCCCCUCUCUACAUCUGUUUUGUCACUGAAAACAAUGCUGAGAGUUUACCGAGAAAGAAAAAAUUGGAGGAAUCAUAGUAAUUUAGUAAAGUGACAACUCUUGAGAUCAAGGUUAAUAGGAGCUGUGUAUCCAACUCAAGUUUCAGAAGCUGCUCUUCUGGGAGAAUAAGCAGCUUGUUUCAAGGAUGUAAGGUUAUAAAUUAGCCUGAAGAAUAUUUUAACUGAUGUAAUCCCACAGAUUUUAUUCAAGUUUAAAUUAAACCCAUAUAAUCCUGUGACUGUAGGUGUGAUGACUCAUUCAAUAAAAUAGGUGUAAAAAUUUGGGCUUACACACUUGCAAGGAUGACUAUAUACAUCCUUUUGGCACUUUGAAUUUAUACACACACAUACUUGACAUCAUUUGUAUUAGCAGGGUACUCCUAACCCUGUAGGGAUAUGUGACCUCUUACAAAGUUGAGAUUUGAUCCAAAGAGAAGUGCAAGUAGAACAGAAUUAAAUACCUAUGGUCUUAAGAUUUUCCUAUUAAACUUCAGUGAGAACAUUUCUAUACCUUUACCAGUCUAUCCCUCAAAGAAAAUAGUUCUCAAUUCUUAUUGUGCCCUUGGACAGUCUCCAUGUAAAACAAAUCUGAAAUUUAGCUGUAGAAUGAAUUUGCUAAAUAUAAGCAAAACAACAUACUUGAUAGACACUUGAAGGGAAAAACUCCCCAACUGGUUUGCUCUUUGGUUGAAGUAAUAAACCAUUUAGAAGACAAAACAAUAUUUGCUGUAAUCCCCAGUGCCUUGAAUUCCUUUGGCAGAAUAGCAUUUUUUAAAAAAAUCAAAGCAAACUUUGAGGUGCUAAUGAAAGCAAAGGAAGGUAUUUCAAGUUUUGGCAGAAAUGGAAAAAAGUGAUUGUCUCAAAAGAGAUGGCUUCAUCUACCUAAAACGGGGUCUGGCUGCUUUUUACCAAAGACAUUUAGAAAAGUGAAUCGAGUCAUAUUUUAAAGAUGGCUACACUGAGAAGUCUGUUGAUCGUGGAUGGCUAUUAAUACCAAGCUCAUGAUUGUGGAAGCCUCAGCCUCUUCUUAGGCAGUAAAACAUGUCUACAGCACUUAAGGGGGAGGGGGAAAAAAAACUUAACAUUUUGGAAACUGUUCAUUUGUUCAUUAAAUUUAUUGUAACCUAAUAUACCAAAAACUGCCAUUUUUCAUGAUUCCCCAAUCUCUUAAAUUUUUUUCUCUGCUUGUAAAUAAUCCCUCCUAGAAAAAAAGCAUUAACUGGAAUGUUUCAAAUGAUUUUGCUUAAUUUUAUUAUCAGCGACUCAUGAACUCUUCUUUACAGAAUGUACAUUUAAGAUAAGACAUCAUUAGCUUGUGCUAAGUGUUGUAAAAACAUUGUUUACUGUUUUAAAGGAAAAUUGCACAUUAUAUUUAACUGGGGUUGCUCCCUCCCCUCCCCAUUUCUUUUUUAAAAAAAAAGUCAAUGCUCACAUAGACUUCUAGGCUGUGGGAGCUUUGCCAUAAAUAAAUAGAAACAAAGUAGAAAUAUACUUUUUUAAAGCAUGAAAAAGAUGACACAAGGAACUGCAUUAUAAAGUAUCAGAUAGAGGACAUCAUUCAAAGGAUUAUGUAUAGCUCAGUAAAGACAAAGUUACAAUUUUUCUUUCAGCUUUGUUAUUUUCUUCUGCAUAAAUGUAUGCUCUCAUUUCAUUACGUGCCUUGCUCCCUGAUUGUGUAAAACUAUAUAGAGAGAUAUAUAUGAGAGAGAUAUAUUCAGUACUACUGACGAUGUUUUUGUUUUGCUGGAUUAAGUUAUUUUCUAAGUUGCUCUUGCCAGUUACUGUCAGUAAAAUAUUGUAAUGGCUUAGGACAGUAGUCGUACAGUCAGUGUAAAUUUGUUUUUCAGUUACAUGUUUUCAUUAUGUCAGUUUACCCAAUCCUUAAUAAAAAGAAAAAAAAAUAGAUUUCAUUUAAA